GGACUGUUUUUUCAUCAGGAUGCACCUUUUGCAGUUUCUCAAGCGUUUUCUAAAGGUUUCACCCUGUCUUCCUGCCCCUGGUGCGGCAGCUGAUCUGGGUGGUCUCAGAGACCCCAGGGUCCUCAGCACACCCAGGAAGCCCACAGCUGCUCCCCCGCCUGACACAGCCCCCACCUGGGGGAGGUGGUCUACACCUAGGACCCACUGAGGGCAGUCCAGCCGCCAGGGCAGAGCACAGGAAAGUGGGUGCUGUUCGCACCUGGACGCCCCAAGCCUCACACCCAGGUGACACUAAGCAGGUGCCGGAGCUCACCAGGGGUACGCAGGGCAAAGCUCACACUUGGGACAAGCAGUUCAGGCCUGAGUCACACACGGCUCACACUCGGGACAUGCAUAAAUCACACGCAGCCCACACUCAGCUCACGUCUGGAGCACUGAGCUCACACGCAGCUCCUGCUCAAUGGCCAUUUCUGGGGGGGGACCUCAGGGGCUGGGCUACCGUCUUUAUCAGAGGAUCAGGUUCACCCUGAGGGGGCCCAGCAUGUGGUGAGGUUCCCCACAUGCUAGCCCACACCCUUGCCCCCAGACUGCAUCCCACCAGGACCCGCUGGCCCUCAGGACAGGCUGCCCGCGAGGAGAAGCCAUUUCCCCAGCUUCUUCUACCCCCGUCAGAGCAGCCGCUUUGCUUACUGGCUCCAAGAUCACGGCUUUUGGGGUGUCUUCCUGUAGCCAGCCAGCUGGAGUGACCUUUGAUCCUGAGUCAACCCCAUUCCUGAGCCAGCGUCCCACACGUUCCUAGUGCAGGCCCCACAUGCCCAGCCCCGUGACCCGUUGUGCACAUGGAGAACUAGAUCCAGUUUGUGGGAGGUUGUCGGGGUCUCUGUUAUUUGCACUGAAGAGGCAGCAGUGGGGAGCAAGUUCAGGACAGGGGUUCAGGCUAUAAGGAGGCCUGGGUCUGGGUCUUUGGGAGGUGACAGGGCACCUUGGCCUCUGCAUCUUUGGGGCAGAUCUAGGGCCAAAGAGCCGGGGGUCACAGGCAGACUGCAGCUCAGGAUAAGGAAGUUUCCCCAAGGUCACUGUGCCAUGCCCUACGGGUAGUGAGUUUUCUGUCACCGGAGGUGACCAAGCAGGAGCUGUUGCAGAAAUACGCAGACACCAGAGAGGAACUGGCCCUGACUCUGCCUUCCCCAGCCUGAUUAUUGCCCUACCCUCCACCUCGGCCGGAUGACAGGGCACCACUGGGAGGAAGGGGCGCAGGAAACAUGGGGCUGGGCCUAGGCCAUAAGGAACUUGGCCACCAAUGAGGAGGUCAGGACAGUAUUCUCAAGGACCUUGUAAGAAGGCUCAAAACUAGCUCUGUUCCUGCCCAGCUGUGUAAUUCCUGGUGACUGAGGACCAUUAGGACCUUUGGUAUCUUCAUCUGUAAAAUGGGUCUGAGGGUCAAGUAGGUUGCUGCCUAUAUAGAAGACAGGCCCACGGAUGGGCUUGAUGGUCGGUCCAGAGCCUGGAUCCCUCAAGGCCUUUCUGAGCUGAGCAGGAGAGAAAGCCGGGUUAACCUUACAGGUUUUGAGCAAAGGAUUCAGAACUCUGGAGGGAAUGUGGCCAUUCUCCCUGGAAGGUCCUGGUCCUGCCCCAGUGGUGCGCAGAUGGGCCAGCAGGGCCACACGGCAGGUUGUGACCAAGGCCAGCAGGGUGGAGACCACACCCAAGCCCCACUCGUCAUGGGUCAUGAGGGCAGAAAAGGGUGUCCUGCAACCUCAAACUCCACCCAGGUCAGGCAGAACCCACUAGCUUUGCCUCUUAGCAUCCUCCUGGCCUUGGUUGUCCGUGGCAACCCUGAGGGCCCCUCAAAAUGACAUCCAAGUGCCUUUAGCGUCAUCGAAGACCGGAGAGGGUGCGUACCAGCAGCAUCAGGUCUCACAGAACGUCGGCAUAUUGGGAUCCCCAGGCCCUCUGCCCAAUCCCAGUCCCAAAUGAACCAAGACCCCCCAAGCUCCAGCCUGCUGUAUUUGGUUGGAACCCAAUAAAAAUGAAGCCAAUUUAAUAACAAACUUUAGGGUUUUUAAAAAGCUUCAUGGGAGGAGUGGGGGCAGAAAGUAAAGGCUGCAGGGUGCUUAGGGGGUGCUGCCCGGCUCUGGCCCCUAAGCUGACCCAGAGUCACAAAGCCUUUGCCGGGCCAAGACAGCCAUGGUGACGGUGUCAGAGGCGGGGCUUCAGGAGCGUCCACACUCUUCCCUCACUGCCUGCGUCAACCACCUUCACGCUGAUGGCAGCCGGCAGCCUCCCAUUGUACAGACGGACAAACGGAGGUGGGAUGGAGGCCGUCUGCCCAGAGGCCCCAGCUAGGGAGGGGUGCGGUCUGAGGGGCACCUGCAAGAGCUGGGCUGUCAGAGAAACUCCUGCCCCAAGUCAGACGGUGGGCAGAGCUGACGGCAGGGAGAAAGGCAGACGAGGCGCAGGCCCCAUGCCCCCUGCGAUGUCUCCUGGCAGCUUUUUCCUUUGGGCAGGGGGAGCUGUCCUCUUCUGCGGGGGUCCCAUCAGCCUCCCUGUCUCCGGAGAAGCAGGCAGCUUUUAAUAAAGGGCUUUAUCCUCAUGCCAACCCCCACCGAGGGGCAGGGAAACUGAGUCAUGGAGCCUGACGUCAGAGCUUAAACCCCGCUGGCCCCUGAAGGCCUGUGCUUUUUCCAGAAGAGGGUGGACCAGGUCAGAGUGGUCAGAGGCCGCCAUGGCCAAGGGCAGCCUCGCACCAACCACCCGGGUCCCUUGGGGUUUAUGCCCCUCUUCUUCCUGGCUGCCGAACCCCUGGUUCACACCAGGUAUAAGAUCAGAAUUCCUGAUUCCUGUCUUAUUUUGGGUACAGCUGAGGGGUCCUGCCUUGGGUGGCUGAGGCCCAGCUGAUGAGGGACCCAGAAACCCAAAGAGGGGCCCCUAAGAGGGGUGCGGGGGUUCCCCCAAAACACAGCACGAGGGGCCUGCCAUCCGCACAUUCUGGGCCCACAGGCACCGUGAACAUACCUGCCCUGAUCCCCCACCAGGUGGGGCUAGGAGGGUGCGUGGGGUCCCUGCCGCAUGGACCUCCGCGUACUCGCCUCAGGCCCUGGUGCAGACACACUUCCUGCGGAUCUCCUGUCCUCUCCCAGGUCCGUCCAGCCAGGGCCCUCUCCUGGUGACUGACCCCCAAGGUGUGCAAAUUCUCUCCCCCUCCCCAUUCCUACCUGCCAGUUACUGCUCAGGGGCUGUGACUGCCUACCACAAACACCAAGGGUGCUUGGCAGGUGUCAGCUGGUCCCUCUUCUCUCCUUUUCCGUGUGCCAGCUGCCCACCACCCUGUCCGGUCCUGCAUGGAAAAGUCCCCAGAGGUGCCACCCCGUGUCCAGUGUGGCCCCUCUGCCUGCCUCCCCACCCCACAGUCUUAGCCAAAUCUCUGCCUCUGCAGGGCUGGGACCAAGACGGGGUGAGAGAGGCACUCAAAUUGGGUACAAAACGUAAGAAAGUGCCCAGAACUUAGUCAUAGAGAUCAACAUUCCAUAAACGCAAUUAAUUUGUGCCUCAAAUCCAUGAGGAACAAAAUGCCAACCUUUUAAAUAAAGACAGGAUCUGAUCUGCCCUGGCAUGACCCUGCCUCACUCUCCAUACCCGAAUCCUAGCCCUGAUUCCAAUAAAACUUUAUUUACAAAAACGGCCGGCCAGCCAUGGCCAGAAUACGCCAUUAGAUAUUUUUGUUUUAAAUAUUGCUUGGGCAGGUGAGGGCCAGUGAGGACUGUCACUGGCACUGGAGCACCCAGUAAUGACACCAUAGAACUUUCACCCCAGCCUGGACCUGCUGUGUGACCCUGCAGGGACCCCCUACCUUCUCUGGGCUCAUGGUCUCAAAGGGAAACAAUAGGGUGGUGGGGAGAGAUACAGCACAAAAUCAGGUCCGACAUGUAGGGGUUUCUCAGCUCUUUUGUUACAUGCGGGCAGGGACUGGGUUUGGGGCCAGGAUGCCCUUCAUGCCUCCCGCACAGGCAGGGCAAGCCUCAAAUCUCAAAACACCCUCCCAGGCGCGUGCUUAAGCUAGAAUCUCACAUUGUCUUCCCUGGAUUUGCCAUCACUCUAGAUAAUUUUCCAUCCAUGGUAAUUAUGUAGCAACCGUUUUUUCUAAAUAAAUGCAUUCAGGAGGUGAGCGUUGGCAAGGGAGAUGAUUCAAUUUUUUUUCAAGAAAAAUCCAGCUGGCAUGGCUCUUCUGAGGCAGCAAGCAGGAGCCACUUUUUUUAUUUGCUGGAACGCAGAGAAGGAUGGUGAUUUACCCAAUGUCACACAGCAGGUCAGAACAGAGGUGCUCAAAGGAGCAGUGCCUGCCCAGAGCAGAGGGUGCUGGGCUGGGCAGGCGGCAGGGGCCGUGCCCUGGGGGCGCCUCGGAGGGUCCUGAAGAAAGGGAAGUGGUUCUCCGGGAAGUGAAAGCCACAGAGGAAACAGUGCCUUCUCUGUGUUCCUGUCUAAGCAGUUGUUUGGGGCUCCCUGCCCUCGCCAAACGUGGGGAGCCCAAAAUGCCCGGCCCCCCAGUGUAGCAGAGGCCACCACGGCCACCUGCCCUGAGCGCCCUCUGGGGCCUCAGCCCGUCCUCUGUUGCCCACCCUGUGCUCAGCCUCUUGGAGCCCACCCCCCACCUUGGCCCCUGCGUGCCUCCUGCCUGGAAUGCCGGCCCACCUUUGAGGGCAGGAGGGGAAGUGAUGCAGGCGGCGGCCUGAGGUCUGACAGUUGGGCGGCAUUUCCGGCUGGCUGCCGGCGACAGGUCAGUGUUGGGAGGCAGGGGCUGCAGCUAGUGGGGGUCUGUCCCCGAUGCCCUCCUGGCCCCCAGUCACCACUCCUGAAGGCCGCUGUGCACCCUCCCAUUGCCAUCGAGGACUCCUGGACACCCCGCAUGUGCCCAGCCAUGCAUGCCCCUGGCUCUGAUCUCCCCCAGGCAGCAUGAGCAGCCCCACGCCAGCCCCAGAGGCCCCGGGGCCCGUAACGCCCACCUGGCGGACUCAGCCCACGUACAGCAACCUUGGUGAGGUCCGGGCCCACCUGCUACCCUGCAAGGCCCGCCGCCCCCGGACUUCUGGGUCCCUCUCGACUGAUCCGCAGCCCUUACCCCCACCCCUGCCCAAGAAGACCCUGGCUAGGACCCGGUCCCUGCCCACCCACAGGGCCCCCGGCCCCAGCCCCGCUCAAGCAGGCCAGCUCCGGAGGCCCCUUCUGGAGUCCUGCAGUGUGGACGAGACACAGGCCAGCGACAAGGCCCGGCCAGCCUGCCCCCCUGCAGAGCGGCCUGUCACUUCACUAGACACCACCGAGACAGGCCUCUCCUGGCGUGACCUGCAGUCUCCAGGGGCCAUGCAUGCCGCGCUGGAGGCCCGGCAGCUGGAGGGGCUCUGUGCCAUGCGUGCCCGGCUCCAGGCCCGGCUCCUGGGGGGCCACCCGGGCCCCUGCCGCCCUGGCCACAGCUUCCGCCUCCUGGACAGCCAGCCCUGCGUGGAGAGUGGGGACGCCCUCUACUACCGCGUGGUGCGUGUGGACGGGGAGGCAUGGCACAUCUUGGCUGCCAAGGUGCCCAAGCCAGGAGCUGCGGAGCCCCACCCGUGGGGCCUGGAGCUGCAGGCCUUGCUGCCCCCACACUUCAACGUCCAGGGGCUGUGUGGCCUGGUGCCCGAGUGUGGACUGCCUGAGGCACCCUGGAGAGGCCCCACGGUGCUUGCAGCCGAGGUACCCGAGCGCACUGUGACCCAAUGGCUGGCAGAAGAGGGCGCAAAGCAGCAGCCGGCGGCGUUCCCCUGGGCCGUGGCCCUGCUGGCGCUGCAGCUGAGCACCGCCCUGGAGCGCCUGGAGGCGCGGGGCGCCGCCCUGGCCGAGCUGCGGCCCGAGAACCUGCUGCUGGCGGCGCCGCGGGGAUGCGCAGCCAACGGGCCCCAGCGCCUGCUGCUGGCCGACUUCGGCCGCGUCCGCCCGCGCUCCCCGGGCCCCCCAGGCGACCACGCGCAGCAGAUGGGCCGCCUGCUCCGGGUGCUGCUCGGCCCCGCCUUGCCCUUGGCCACGCCCUUGGCCGCGGGCCUGGGGCGCCUGGCGGCCCGGCUGGCCCAGGCCAGGCCCUCAGCGGCCGGGGUGCGCGGCGCUCUACAGGCUCUGCUCUGGGGGCCUGGGCGGGAGCUGCGCGGCCGGGGAGCACCGCUGGGGCCCUGGCUGCGGGCACGCCGCUCACUGCUGGUCCUGCACCUGGCCGAGCGGGCCGCGGGUGGGGAGGUGCCCGGCCUCGAGGACUGGCUGUGCUGCGAAUACCUGGCCCAGGCCACCGAGGCCUCGCUGGGCCAUGCCCUGGCGCUGCUGUGGGACUGACACUCGCGAAGCCGCUGUUCUGGCCUCACCAAGGUGCAGCACCUCUUCCCAGGCCUGUACCGGUCGGUGGUCCUAACGUCCUGGGUGGAGUGUCCCCCCCUUGGAGAGGCCAGACCGAUGGGGAGUGCAGGGGGGUGGACACGCUCCUCCACAGCUGCCACGCUUCUCUGGUAGUUACAAAGGCCAAAGGUCUGUACAGGAGGGCAAGUGCCUCCCCCCUUCCAGGGCUGGGAACUAAGGCCUGUGUCUCCUGAGGCUUUCUGAUCCCAGGCCGGCCACCCCCCUCCCAGGUGUGGAGCCCCCCAUCUUCCAGCAGAGGCCAGGGUGCCCUUCCAGCGCUGGGGUCUGAUGGGCACUGUCUCCUGCCAAUGCCAGCUUCGGAGCACUCCCGGCCCUGCAGCAUGACCUUGUGCUGAGGACGGCCAGUGGCUCGCAGUGGGAACGCCCUUCCCAAAACCUGCUCAGAGUGUCCCGGGGGGAGGGCAGGCUCACUGGACCCCCAGACACUCAGCCCGCCCAGCACAGCCCCUCCCAGAGGAGUCUGAACUCACCUGCCCAGAUGUGGCCCUGCCACCUCGCUGACUUGCCACCAUGACCUUCCUGCUGUUCCCAAGUCACUGAAUCCUGUCGCUGCCAAGCGCUCACCUGAGCAGGCGGCAGCUCCCCCGUCCUGGGCUGGUUCUUGCUCCCCCCUGGGCUUCCCCUCCUCUUCCCCCAGAGCAAGUAUCAUCCCCCGGAGCUUUUCACUCAUCUGCACCUGUCACCUGGCCCCCUCGCCCACAGGGCUUAAUUCCCCUGUGGGCGGGAGCCAGGCUGAACACAGUAGGUACUCAGUUUAGCAUAGGACGAUGGAAUAAAUGGGGAGACAAGGCUGAUCAGGGUGCCUGACAGAGAGGCAUCUGUUUAUGCCUCUGGAAUAUGGACAUAGGAGCCAAAGGGUCUCACUGCCCUUGCUGGGGGCCGCUAGCCGUGCCCACUCACCUCCUCACCGACCACACAGUCCUGGGGUUAUCUUCCCAGUCCCCAUGUUUGCCAAGGUCCCUCUCUAGUGCUAAUGGCUCCCAGGGCUUCCCAAAAGGCUGUGCACAUUCCCUGGACACCCCAGUCUCCCACUUCCUUGGAGACUCGUUCUAGUAGCCCCCAGACCUCACCCAACUUGUUCUUCCACUGGAAUCACGCCUCUGCUUCAGGCUCCUGCUCAUCCUUCAAUGCCUCGACUCCAAGGCCCCUUCUCUGCCUCUGCCUAGCCCGCAUGGACUGGGAGUGUCCUGGCUCUGUCCCCCAGAGCCUUGUGAGGCCAGCUGCAUCACCACUCUGGCAUCUGAAUGUUCACCCACCCCACACCCAAACACGCAAACCUCUGGGGGAACUUUCCUUCCCUUUCAUCUGCUUCCCAGCCUUCUAGGCCUAGAUGUGACCCUGAGCCAUGCUCCCAAGAGACUAGUGGGUGGCCCUAGUUCUGACCUACCUUCAGCCCUUCCAACCACCACCUCGUGCCCAGACAGACCCCAGUGAACUUGCCUCCGGCCCCAGCUGGGCACCACAAGGCCGUCCCCAGGGGCCACUUUGGUGCACAGGGUCCAUAGCGAGGCUGCAGACUUUGCUUGGACGUACCCCACACUCCGGCCAGGUCGAGUCCCAGCAGACCCUGGCCAUGCCACGGCACCUCCUUGGGCCUCACGCAAAGGACAGACACUGAGUGGACAGGGGGGCCACUAGCCUCCAGCCCCCCCAAGGAAGGGCACUGGGGACGCAGGCCUAGGUGCAGGCCGCCCACUUGGGGAACUGGCUGCAGGGCACCCUGCAGGCUAGAAAGUGAAGUGCUAGGAAGGGGGGGCUGAGCUGCCCACCAGAUCCCAGACACUUGGCCUCUGCCUGGCUCUGCAGCCCCAAGGUCAGGACACCACACACAGGGACACACCCCUGCCCUACAGUCCCUGGGACAGGGAGCUGUGGCCGCUGAACACCACCAAGCCAACACAGGUCUGGGAGGCGUAAUCGCUUUUAUUCAGAUUUUUGAGCAAUAGGAGGGUCGAUUAAUGCCUAUCUUUAUCCUAGAGACAGACCUAAGACGUUCAGAUGAAAAAGUCCUCAAAGCACAAGGUGAUCUGAAUCAUCUUAAACCAACAAGAAAGUAAAAUAUAAAUUUUUAUUUGGAAUUAAAGCAAAUACUUCAGUAUCACAAACACAAUAUUAAACUUCAAUAUGCCGCUAAUUUGGAGUGAGCGUUUAUUUG